GUAACAUCAGUAAGCCUUCGGUACAGCAGCGGAAACACGGAAAACUGGUGCCGGAACCGGGGAAAAUUCUGUCAAAGAUACCCCCAAAAAAGCCGCGUGCGUGCGUGUUCGUUGGUGUGUUCUAUCCUCGACAUUGAAGCCCGCUGCCGAGAGAGCGCGUGUUUGCAGGAAAACCUACAAGAUUGGCAGUCACGUUUUUCGUUGUAUCCACCAAGACACAAAUCAGCCAAGUGCACCAGCUUUUUCCACGCUUAGGCAGCGGUCAUUACAGGCGGAUGCGUGUGACAAUCAUUAGCCGCCCUAGUCGAACCGUAAUUGCCAACCAUUUCACGCAAAGCGAGGUCUCAGGAUACGUCGGAGCUGGUUUCGGGAGGCCACAGAGUUAACCACGUUGUUCCGGUUUAUAUAAUUAACGCCGUGGUGGCACGUCCUUAGCAAUCAGCUAUACUACAGCACGGUUCUGGUGUUAACGUAAUUGGUAGCAAAUCCCGUUUGCCAAAAAUUGUUCAACAGCAGCAGCGGAAUGGAUGCGAUAGAGGAACGGAAGGUUUACCGUCUGGUGCUGACGGGAGGACCAUGCGGAGGCAAGACGACGGGACAGUCGCGGCUGUGCACAUUUUUCGAGAACCUAGGAUGGAAGGUUUUUCGCGUGCCUGAAACGGCCACAAUCCUACUCAGCGGUGGUAUCAAAUUCGCCGAUUUGGUGGCCGAUGAAGUAUACAAGUUUCAGGAAAAUUUGCUCCGAACGAUGAUUCAGAUCGAGAACACGUAUUUUGAGCUGGGUAGAACGAGCAACAAGAACUGUUUGAUCAUCUGCGAUCGCGGCUUCAUGGAUGCCAGUGCAUAUAUCUCAAAAGAAAAAUGGGAUCGAAUGAUGCGCUCAAACAACUGGAACCCGGUAGAGCUGCGUGACAAUCGGUACAAUCAAAUCAUCCACAUGGUAUCGGCUGCUAACGGUGCGGAACAGUUCUACGCAACGGAGGAGCAUUCGUGCCGCUCGGAAGGAGUCUCGUUGGCCCGCGAACUCGAUUACAAGGCGGCAUCGGCUUGGAUAGGCCAUCCGUAUUUCGACGUGAUCGACAAUUCCACCGACUUCGAGAACAAAGUCAACCGCAUGAUCGAGUGCGUGUGUCAGAAGCUUGGCAUCGACAUUGGCGAUCGCUUGUCGAUCACUUCGCGGAAAGUUAAAUUCUUGGUGUCCGGUCCCGUUCCUGCGGAUUCAGCGUUCCCCGCUUUCCAAGACUUCGAGGUAGUGCAUAACUAUUUGCAGUGUGCUGGCCCGCGGGUGCAGGCUCGCUUACGCAAACGCGGCCAGAAUGGGCGUUGGAGCUACAUUCACACGAUCCGCCGGCCGCAACAGCAUGGCCAAUCGAUUGAGGUACGAACGCAGCUGUCGCAUCGCGAUUAUUUGAACAUGCUGACCCAGCGGGAUGACGCGCACUUCAGCAUCUUCAAGAAGCGACGCUGCUUCUUGGUGAACAACCAGUACUUCCAGAUGGAUAUCUACAAGGAGCCGAGUCAUCCAAGAUGUAAGGGGUUGAUCCUGUUAGAAACGUACACUUCGCUGACCGGAGAUAAACUGCAGGCCAUCUUGCCGAAAUUUUUAAAUAUCGUCAAGGAAGUCACCGGACAACCAGACUACUCGAUGUUCAACCUAUCGCUACGAGAAGACUGGAACAACACGAAGAAGUUCUGCUAUUCGUUGCAUGAUCAAGAUGAUGCCGAUGUUAAAACGAACGGGCACUCACAUAAGAUGGUCAAUCAUGAUCACGAUCAGAACGUAGUUGUACAUCAGAAAAAUGCACGAGUAAGAGUAUUGUUGUGAGCAUGUGCGCUUGUGAUGAUUGUGGUUCAUAAAGGAUGGCGCGAGAUAAACGAAAGUGGAAUGAACGUGUUUGCUUGUAGCAUGCACAGUUGUUGCAGUGGAAGUACGAUCGAAGGAAAAACACAUGUCGGCCAUCUUACGUGUUGUCCUGUCGUGACUCAGAAGCAGAGGUAAUUGCAACGGAUAGGUAACGCAAUGGAAGAUUAGCUAUGAAUCCUUUAAUUUCACUAGAAAACGUGAGCCUGAUUAGAUUAUAUUUGUGUUAUUCUAGUGCUGCUUUUUGUUAGUUCAUUUUUUAUGUCGGCCAAUUUUUGUGUCACAGGCUCUUUUCAGUAAUCAAGAGUGGAAAAAUUUUCUUUUUUUUGCGAUGCAAUUUCACUAUAAAACUUUUUCCGAUAUUGUUUGCGUCAUUUCUUUAGCGUUUCUUUUUUGUCAAUAUAUUUUUUGAAAAAUGUUGCUUUCAUAAUGGACGGCCAGACGACUACUAAACGUUGAAACAAAAGUAAUGGAGUUUUUCGAUACUUAUACGGCAAUAGCUUACUUAAAAGUUUUACAUUGCAAAACUGUCACUUCCCGAUGGUUUAGGCGGAAGUUGUUUUUUUAACAGAUGGACCAGUUUACUUUAUUGUCCAGCAAAAUGUCGAAAGUACAUUUGCUUUUGCCCGAUAGUAAUACGAAUGCCAGUACCAAAAGCCAAAAUGCGUUCAAUCUCUUCCGAGAUGAACUAUAAUAAAAAUAAACCCCCCUGAAGCAGGGAGUCCUAAACAACACAAUACUACCUCUGUCAUCCGGUGAAGAAAUAACCUGCUUUUUCAUCCUACUACAUGGUAAAAAUAUUGGUUAUUCACGGAACCUUUUUUGUUUGCAAUGUUGUAUUCGACAACAGCCCGGGAACUCGCACUUGUUUUGUUGAGCAGCUGUGCGUUAUUCAUUUUUGUUUCUUUAAUUGUGUAUGUCAAUUGUAAAGUAGAUACAGUUUUGUUAUUUGAUCUUUUUUAUGUUCUCCUUUAUUACCACAUACUGCUGUCGCGUUUGGGUAAUAAUUUCGGAAAGAGUUUCAUGUUUGGCUGCAAUAAAAUUGCAUGCAUUUGGUGCUAUAAUACUUGCUGAUGAAGAGACUUCUCAGUUUUUCCCCGGAGUUGGAUUAAGAAAUUAGACGCCAAGUAUUUUUAUGCCUUUCGUUUUUGAUACACCAAUGUACUUAACUGCAAACAUAGUAAAACAAAAACAAAAAAAAAAACAACAAAACACGACAUACGCUCGUCCAAUAUUU